UUUAAUUUAAUAAAUAUAAUUAGAUUUUCUACAUAACGUUUAUAUGUUUCAUAUGUAUUUUAUAAUUAUUUAAAAAAACAGUAGGAUAGAGCACAAAAAAAGACACGAAAUUUUGCUUUUCUAAAAAAUGGCAAUAGAAUUGAUAAAAAUAAACUAUUUCUAAAAUCUAAAAUUCUUGUAUGUCACUGAUCGUUUACUUUUUUUUUGACUAAAAUAAAUAAUCAAACUUUGGUAAUAAAAUUAGUAAAAAUUAGGAAAAGGUAUACCUAAACUAAUAUAACACAAACAUUUGUUGUCACCGGAUUGCCGCAACAGAACCUGGGCAAGUCUCCGGUACCGGACACUGGAUAGUUUUAUUUGAUUUUUAUACGUAUAAAUUUUCUAUCCGGCAACAAUCUAUCCGGUGUCCAGUCUUCAAAAACCUUGUGAAUGUUCUCAUACUUUCUUAUAUAUCUCGCGACUGGAUAUCCGACACCGGCUAAUGUUAUCCGAUACGCAUGAAAAGGCUCUAUUUCUAAUGAUUAUGGUUAACGUUAACGUUAUUAUAUGGUAACAAACAGUUUUUAUUUAAUUUUUUUAAUUGAAUAAUAAGUAUUAAAAAUAGUCCACCAACUCUAAUUACUAUUGCAGAGAAUGUAGUACCUUUAGGUAUUAUAUACUGUUUCUGUGGUUAUAGGGACUCUGUAGGAAUUUUAGCGCUGUUACAUACUAUGUAUACCUAGGUUUGUUUGGUCUCGUUUACUAUAUGUAUAAUUUCAUCUGAAUGAACUUUUCUCGUUUCCAUAGUAAUGGUGUAAGUAGUUGUUGAAAAAUGGAAGCUGUGUCGAAUUAUACAUUUGUGCCACUGGCACAAAAGAAUUACGUAGGAAUCAAUAAUAAAACAAUACAGAGCUUACUUUCUAAAUGGGGCAUAUAUGGAAACUUUGUUAUUCAACAGUUUUCAUUCAAUGAAUCCUUCCAAUCUUAUCACAAAUAUCUCUUGAUAGAUGCAUUCUUUAAAAAUAAUAUUAUUGGAAAAGAAUUAAUAACACUGCAAGGAAAACAUUGGGCAAAGCAAGGCAUAACAUCGUCAAUUGUUGAGACAAAGCCAGUGCCUUGCUCUGUUUUAAGUAUGUCCUUUUUUAAUAAAUUGAAAGAUCCAGAAAAUGGAAUUGUGUAUAAGUCAGGAGCUAUUUGUAAAAGAUAUGAUAUGGAAAUUGAUAAUUUUCUAGUUUGUGAUAAUCUCAGAGGAGUAAGAAUAAUUAUUUAUUAAGUAGUUAAUAUUUCAAUAUUAG